AUGAGUGCUCACACACCGGACGUGAGACCGCGCUCUGGCACCGGCCGCGGCCAGCGGUCUGCACCGUCAAGUGGGCGGCUUAGUGCCUUAUCAGGAACACGAGGAACGUCUACCGAUGACGUCCCAUUAAUGCCUGUUAUGCCAGCAUUCUUUCCUGAUCCCAUAGCAUUGGACGCGGAGGACGUACACCUCAAAGUUUACUGUGAAGAACUCCUUACAAAGGAGUACGACACGGCGGUAGAGAUGCUUUAUCCCCGUGCACAACUCAUGCAGGAACGUCUGGCGAAAAGGUCAGAGAAGAGCGUUGAUGGAACCACAAGUAGCAUUCCCCGCGGGACAAAUGUUGAGCCUUCGCCCGAGACGGUGUGCAACACGGUGCAGGAGUCAGAGAGGGCAACUUCAGCUGACGUUUUUCGAGUCGGUAGUGCUCCUCAGCCUGACACGACCCGAACUGUGGCGAGCGCCAAGCGUAGACGUCUGCGAUCAAUUGACACUGAUGAUAGGAAAGGAGGUGCACCUUCCCCGGAGGGUGUCAUUUUUUUCAAGAGUUCCGAGGCAGUAGAUGAAAGGGGAGCAGCAGAUCAAGGACUACACGGUACCGGGGCAUGUGAGUUGUCCCUCACUCACGCGUCACAUGCAGAAGGUGGAGCCACCUCUGUUGGUAGGAAUUUGCGUGCUGGAUGGGAAUUGGCUGAUUCUCAAGAAGGGAGGCCGCCGGUUUCGCUCCUCACUGUACCCAAAGUAGAGUUUUCCGCCUCGCAUUCGGUGGAGGUCAUUGAAAACGCAGAAAAGAUUGGACUGGCAAAUGCAACUCGUGGGGCACGCGUUGCAGCAGUGAAGAUCACUAAGUUGCAGCAGCAAAACGACUUUAAAUUAAUUGUGCCUGUGAAAUUUCUCCCGUCUCCCACAACAACAGUUGCCACACCAGCAACUUCCACACCCGCGACUACGUCGCCGCGGACGGCGAGGAUGAGAGCCCCAUCUGUGCAGAGCUUGCUUUCGAAAAGUGUCGGCUCUCAUCAGAAUUGUUCAGAAGCGCAGGCCUCGGAAACAAGUCAACCGUGCCCCGUGGUUAGCAUGGCCGAUGUGCUUGUCUUGGAGGCUACGGAACGUCUCGCGGCUGAAAUGCACUGCGAAGCUAUAUGCUGUGAUAUUAUUAAUGCAGCCGCCGAGAUGUAUGUUUCUCGCUUCUUUGAUACGAUAGCUAAUGCCUACACUGCCCUUUCCACAUGGGAUGAGUUACAUACCACACUGGCGCAAUCUUUCAUUCCCGAGCGCCCGCACGAACCUAUAAAGCUGGAGACCGAGAUAUGUGAGAGUCUUGCCAUCCGUCGUGAUAAUGCCCGAGAAGGAAAAGGGUCGAAACCGGAGUGCCAGCAAUCUUGCCAGGGAGUUGUUGAUGUUGCAAACGAUUUUCUCGUCGAGGCCAAUGAAUGCUCCACGUACCUCGGUAUGCUUCCCAUCUGGGCUCGCUGUCCAUCACUGCUCGAUAGUAACGCAAUUCUUUCGUUCCACCAAAGUACAGGAGAAAUAGCGAGCUCGCACAAUGCACAAUUUGAUUUUGGCAUCGAUAGCAAGGCGCAGCGCAACAGCAGUCACGUGGCCAAUUCGACAUUUGCUCGAUUCCUUUCUUCCUUGGAUAGAAAUGUGAGUGAGGUGCUUAUGAGUGAAAGCACCAUCGGGGAUUCGCUGGCUACAGCACAGCACACUGCAGAAGUGAAGCCACAUUGUUCAUCCGUGUUGGCUCUAGAUGAAGGGGACGGUGGAAGUCCCGGAACGCCUCCCCGUAUGGUCCCAAUCGACGACUAUGCUCGUUAUGUUGUACCACCAUUAUCCACACCACGGGUUGAUCAACAAGAGACUGAUAAGGGAAAACUUCUUUCUGAAAGGCAACAUAACCGAAAGAAGGGACGCAGCCUCUCAGCUUCUGGGGACCCCUAUGGGCUUCUGGCCAGCAAAGGUAGCGCCGUACAUACUGCCGAUGGGUCGAGGCGGGGUCGAUCUGUUAUCAACCCCGCCGCAAUCGAUAGCCCGGUAUUCCAUCGGAGCGAGGGCCGACAGCUUACGCCGACAGUGGAGAAACUCAGCAGAGGUAAACUUACCUCGAAGGGCUGCUCCGGAAGUGUGCUGUCCUCGCUUCGUGAUGAUGCAAUGACGCAGGCAAACUAUGACGAAGAUGACUGGGGAAGGGCAAUGAGACAAAUAACUCAUGGUGGCCUAAACACGGGCUUCACGAGCACCAGCGGCAACCAACCAUACCAUAUGGCGGAGACGCUUCUUUAUAUAGAAGAUGGAGAUGUUUCCACCGUAGCAGUCGGAGCCAGGCCGGGGAGAAGAUGCGGCAAAGACAAUGAGGGGACAACUGGGCGGAACGGCAAGCCUGCUUCCAGACCUAAGACGAGUGAGGCCCCUCCUCCACCCGAAAAUAUUUUUGUUGGGGGGCGUAACGAAAAAUUGAGGGUUGGGAUCACGGAAGAGGGACGAGUGUCCUUUCAGGUCUCGCAUGAUGAGGAUGAGAGUGGUGACGCGGAGCAAAAGGAUCUACAAACCCAAUCGCAGUCGUCAAAGACUGAGAUCAGUGUUCGGGGGAGGAGGAGUUUGAUCUUUCUUUCACGAAAGCAAAGACGGGACUUGGAAGAACGCCAACGUCGCAGAAAGGAGGCUGCCGAAAGGGCUGCUUAUGAGAGCAUGUUUUACACUACCCCGAAACCAUCCACUCCUGAUUCAGUUUUGGAAGAGAGUGGUCAACAGAGCCCCCAUCAUGAGGAAGGGAAGCAAACAAAGGUUGUGGCCGAGGUGGUUCCGGAACCUGGUGUUGUAGUUGAAAAAUGGAUAAAUCCACAAGAAAACGCAAAGGGGAAGGCACCAUCUGGCAGCAAGGGGCAGUGGCGAAAUGAGGUCGCUCCAGUUGUAAGUGGGUAUAAACGCCCUAAUCUCUUAGCAGAUGGUGGUGACUGGGUCACGCCCGAAGGGAGAUAUCACUGGAAUAACUUUGCAGGAGUGGGUGCAGAAAAGGGCAGAGAGGGGCGCGUAACAUCUGCGAUGAUGCAAGGCGCAGGCCCUAAGCACGGGGGCGCAACGAGGGAGGGCGUCGCGCGACCUUCUUCUGGACAGCAACACGCAAAUGUUAGCGGGGUCGCGUUUAGUGAGGACGGAAGGAAAAGUCAAGCCUAUCUUCCGAAGAACCAAAAGGGCCCAGGGCAGCAUGCGGUUGCGCGUUCCUUCAAAUGGGAGCCACCGACCGUAAUAUUCUCCAAUCAAGAGGAAGAGAAAAAGAAGGCUGAAGGUGAGCAUGCGGGAGACGGUAGGGAUCCCUUCAGGCUACUUGGUCUUAAGAGGAUAGCCAUGGGUGACGGGAGGGCGGGAAAAGGUUUACCGCGGCGUCCCGUCCUUCCUCGGCUUCCGAGUAUACCCGAAGUGGAAGAUUUCUCUCCUCGCAGGCGCCUUCAUCGGAAGCCCACGUCCAAAUCUUUUGGGAGCCAGGAAAUACGUGCCCUCGCCUCACUCGUUAAGUCCAAAUAG